AUGUCAGCAUCGCAUUUGACGGCGCAAGGUAAACGGAGCUCACAAUGGGAUCAAACUAGAAGGAAGGAUCGAGUCCCGUCGCUGAAGAUGUCGCGAUUACCACUGCGCAAACACACUGAGGGACUAUUGUGGCGUGACUGUGCUAACCAGCUCUGUGUUCUCCUCUCCACAGCCACCCUGCAGGUGUCCAUAUCCUUAAACAAAGUGGAGCUGAGCGUGGGAGAGUCCAAGUUCUUCAUCUGCACAGGUAAACGUCAUUACUCUGUAUUGUUUGUCAAUAAGGUCGAGAUUGGGGCUGCCUGA